GCCAAGUUUACGUGCCAAGAUCAGGAUGAAGUUGGGGGACGGUGAUCGCUGACACCACCUCAACUCUUAUCCAAAAAACUUAAAAAGGAUCAUGAUUUUCCUGUAACAGAUCACAAUUUCAUAAUGUUAAUUCGAAGGUUCCAAUUCCAGUAAAUAUUAUAUAUGAGUUGGUUUUAAGGCGAAAUCAAAUCACAAUAUCGCCAUAACGAUAAUUCGAGGGUUUCGAUUCCAGCCCGCUACCCGUUGAUGGUCCUUAUUUCUCUCGAUUCUUGUGCAAUGGUGUCCUAUGUUUGCGAAACCCGCGAAGUGGAGUUCAACAGGCGGCAAUCCCUCGGUUGAAUACUUGAAUCAACAGCAAACCCCACUGUAUUCAAAACCCUAACUCCAUCCACCGUUUCUCUUCCUCCCGUAUAAAAAAAUUAUUUUUUCUUUUUUCUCCCGAGUCUCAAUAAUUAGCUUUUUAUUGAUGGCGACAACGAUUACAGCGAAUGAGAAUCUUGUUGAGGCCAAAGAUGAUGGUGAAAUCGAUGACAGGGUUAUGGAUGUCGCGGUUGCUGUUGGUGAUCAGGAACGAUGUCGUGUUGGUGUUCAUGUUGACGGUGUACCUUCGUCUUCGUCUUUGCCUUCCCUUCGUACUCUGCCUAUCAAUCACGAAAAAGUAGUAGAAACUAAUAUUAUGUCUUCAUGUUCGGCGACAACAAUUACAAAGAAUGAGAAUCUUGUUGAGGCCAAGGAUAAUGGUGAAAUCAACGACUUGUUGAUGGAUGUUGAUGUCCCUGUUGAUGAUCACGGACGAUGUCGUGCUGAUGUUAAUGUUGGCGGUCUACCUUCAUCUUUGCCUUCUACUCACACUCUGUCUCGCAAUCACGAAAAAGUAGAACUUAAUAUUAUCUCUUCAUCUAGUAAUGUCGUACGUAGCACGAAGGAACUAGUGGCUGAAGAGAACAAAAACCAGGAACCAAAAGAGGAACGAUAUGCUUCCAUUAAUCGUGAUCGGGGUGAAGAACAGAAUAGGUUUUGUGAAUAUGAAGCAGAGGGGAAGGAGGGUGUUCAGAAGAACAUAGGUAAGAAAAGAGUUCGGGAAGAUGACAACAAGAACACUGAUACGGCUAUUAAAUCCCCAGAGAAGAAGAAUAAACCACUUUACAAGUUGUGUGUUUCUACAAAAGAAGAAAGGAAGAUGACGAGUGGUGUUGUGAAGUCAAGUGAUGAUGAUAACAAGUCCCCAGAAGAAACAGAAGAAGUUAUGGUUGAUGCUCAAACUAUUCUUCCUACUCCUGAUGGAGAGGGGAACGCUACCAAUGAAGUAACAAACAACAAAGAGGACAAUAAAGAGAGUGGGAGAUCUAAAAGAAGUACUAGGAACGAUGAUAUUAAUUAUGCUCAGAUUUUUAAUUAUGAUGUUGUUGAAGAGGAUGCACGGAAGAAGAAACACCUGCAAUCGGUUUCAAAGAAAGAAAAGAUGAGUGUAGAGAAACAAUACAAGAGAAUACAGAAGAAACACCAGCUGUCUGCUUCUAGGAAAGAAAGUACGAGUGAAGGGGAACAAGAUAAGAGAAACCAGAAGAAACAACAGUCCAAGAAAGAAAAGAUGGAUGAAGAGCAACAUGAUAAGAGAAUCCAGAAGAAACAACAGCUUCCUGCUUCUAAGAAAGAAAAGAUGGAUGAAGAGGAAAAAGAUAAGAGAAUCCAGAAGAAACAACAGCUUCCUACAUCGAAGAUAGAAAAGAUGGAUGAAGAGGAAAAAGAUAAGAGAAUCCAGAGGAAACAACAGCUUCCUGCUUCUAAGAAAGAAAAGAUGGAUGAAGAGGAACAAAAUAAGAGAAUCCAGAGGAAACAACAACUUCCUGCUUCUAAGAUAGAAAAGAUGGAUGAAGAGGAACGUGAUAAAAAAAUCCAAAGGAAACAACUUCCUGCUUCUAAGAUAGAAAAGAUGGAUGAAGAGGAACUAAAUAAGAGAAUCCAGAGGAAACAACUUCCUGCUUCUAAGAUAGAAAAGAUGGAUGAAGAGGAACGUGAUAAAAAAAUCCAGAAGAAACAACAGCUUCCUGCUCGGACGAAACAACCACAGUUGACUCCAAAGAAAGAAAAGAUUGGUGAAGAGGAACGAAAUAAGAGAAGCCAGAAAGCUUCCAGCUCAAGCAGGAAAGAAGAUGACCCAAAGCCAAAGCUGUAUGCCAAGAAUUGGGGUCUAGAUGAAAAUGGAAAACGAGUUAAGGUAGUGUCAGACAUGUGCCAUCAGUGCCAAAGGAAUGACAAGGGCCGAGUUGUUCGAUGUCAAAAAUGUACUACAAAGCGUUACUGUGUGCCUUGCAUGACCACAUGGUACCCUAACAUGACAGAGAAGAUGUUUGCUGAGUGUUGUCCUGUUUGCUGUGACAAUUGCAACUGUAAACGUUGUUUGCGUGAUGUGCACCCUAAAGUCAAAGAGAAGAUUGAUUUUAAACCUAAUGAGGUUCAGAGAGUUCGGUAUUCUGUUUAUAUCCUACAUGUGCUUUUUCCAUUCUUGAAGCGUCUCAAUAAGGAGUUCAUGAAGGAGAGAGCAAUGGAGUCUAAGAUUCAAGGGUGUUCUUUGUCAGAGGUACAUUUGAAGAAGGCAAAGUGCAGUCCAGAUGAGCGCAUGUACUGUGACUGCUGUAAAACAUCAAUUUUUGACUUGCAUAGAAGCUGCCCUUCUUGUCAAUAUGACCUCUGCCUUCAAUGUUGCUGGGAAUUGCGAGAUGGCAAUCUUCAAGGAAACAAGGAAAAAGUUAUCAUUGAAUUUAAAGAUCCAGGUUAUGAUUACUUGCAUGGGGGGAAGGAUAUGUAUGACAAGCGUAAGCAAAACAGGGAAACAAGGAACGCAGCCCGUUUUGUUGAGAAGGCUGCACCAAAGGAAAAGCAAAGUGAUGAAUGGAAGUCUAUGGAUGAUGGCAGAAUUCCUUGUCCUCCAGAAACUAUGGGUGGUUGUGGUCAUGGGAUUUUAGAGUUGAUGCACAUAAAGCCACUUAACACCGUUUCAAAUUUGUUGGAGAAAGCACAAAGGCUCUUAAAGAUGCACAGGCUGAAGGGAGAUAUGCGUGAGAUGCCUGAGGAAUGGUGCACAUGUUCAGAUUUCAAGAACAAAAGCGAUGGUCAGUUACGAAAAGCUGCUUCCCGUGAAAAUUCCAAUGACAACUACUUGUAUUGUCCACGUGCAAUAGACAUAAAAUCUGGAGAUUUGAAGCAUUUCCAGUGGCAUUGGUCAAAAGGGGAGCCAGUAAUAGUGAGUAAUGUUCUUGAAACUACACUUGGGUUGAGCUGGGAACCCAUGGUUAUGUGGCGUGCUUUUCGCCAGAUGACAAAUACCAAACAUGAUAAGCUCUUGGAUGUGUCUGCUCUCAAUUGUUUGGAUUGGUGUGAGGUUGAUAUAAAUGUUCAUCACUUUUUUAUUUCGUAUACGGAAGGUCAAUUCGAUUCUGAAGGGUGGCCACAGAUCCUAAAGUUGAAAGACUGGCCUCCAUCAAGUUUAUUUGAAGAACGGUUGCCACGUCAUGGUGUUGAAUUUAUCACUUCUUUACCCUUUAAAGAGUACACACAUCCACGUGAUGGAUACCUUAAUCUUGCAGUGAAGUUGCCUAAAGAAUCUUGUAAGCCAGACAUGGGUCCUAAAACAUAUAUAGCUUAUGGUGUUUCUCAAGAAUUGGGACGUGGAGACUCUGUUACUAAACUUCACUGUGACAUGUCUGAUGCAGUGAAUGUGUUGACUCAUACUGCAACUGUGACCCCCAACUCUGAACAUCGUAAUUCGAUAGAACGUCUGAAAAGGCAGCACAAAGCUCAAGAUGAGAGGGAACUUUUUGGAUUGGUAGGGAAGACACAGCCUGAUGUUGAUAACUUGGAAGAUGUUACAUCUCGAAAAGGGAUGCUAGGCAACGAUUGUCUUGAAUCUAAAGUUGAAAGAAAAUUGUGUGAUGACAAUGUUGGAGAAACAAGCGACCAUGUUUACACUAGACGCAAGUUUAAAAGUGUGAAUGGAACAGGUCCUUGUUAUGUAACAACUAAUUGUGAUCAAUCAGAUGAGUCUGACAGUGAUAGAAAAGUUAGGAGGAGAAAGGCUUCCACUAAAAAAGUUGAUGGACAAAAUGGAAAUAAAGGAUCUAAAAGGAAGGGCAGGAAACAAGUGAUAUCUUCUGAUAGUGAAGAAGGUGAUAACCAGUGUGAUAGUUGUGUGGAUGGAUUUGAUUUGGGAGAUGGAGGUGCUCUGUGGGACAUAUUUAGGAGAGAAGAUUCGCCUAAACUGGAGAAAUAUCUCAAAAAACAUUUCAAAGAGUUUAGACAUAUCUUUUGUCGACCAGUGGAGCAGGUUAUCCACCCAAUUCAUGAUCAAACAUUUUACUUAACCAUGGACCAUAAAAGGAAGCUCAAAGAAGAAUUUGGAAUUGAGCCAUGGACUUUUGUCCAAAAGCUGGGAGAUGCUGUCUUUAUACCUGCUGGUUGUGCCCAUCAAGUUAGAAAUUUGAAGUCAUGUAUAAAAGUUGCACUGGACUUUGUUUCUCCUGAAAAUGUUGGUGAAUGCAUUCAAUUGACAGAAGAUUUCCGUGUUCUUCCCCAAAAUCAUAGGGCUAAAGAAGAUAAGUUAGAGGUGAAGAAAAUGGCACUUCAUGCAGUGGAGGCAGCUGUGAAGGACUUGGAAUAUCUUGUUCCCAAUAAAAGGUAAAAGGUAAAACCACCCCAUAUACAUACCCUAACACAAAAAAUACCUAUUCUGUAAUUUAUAGUUUUAUUAUCAGAGAUUUUGUAGUGAAAUGAGGCUCAUUUUUGAGAGAGAGAGAGAGAUGGGUGGAUGUUUGAAAAUUUAUGUUGCAUUGUACAUAUGGAUUUUGUUUUGUAAAGAUGGAUGGAUUUUUGCUAAGUAUAUAGUUUAAUGGUGC